UUCCCUUGAGGUUGUCGGGAUUUAGAAAAAAAUUGAAAUAACGGAUUUUGAAAUUUAAAUUGAAUAUUUAAAAUUAAUUAAAAAAUAUUUAUAAAAAGAAAUUCAAAAAUAAAAAAGCAAAAGAGAAAUAAAGUGGUUUAAAAAGAGAGCAAUUAAAAAAAGUUUGAUUUAAAAAAUUUAAUAUUAAAAGAAAAUAUUGAAUAUUAAGAAAAUAUCUAAUAAAGCGUAAAAUAUCUGCAAAUCAGUGAUUAUUAUAUAAAGAAAAAUGCCCCGCAAGAAGCGUGCCGCAAGUCCUUUCGAAUUAAUGGAUGAUGAUUAUGACGAGGAUGCCAGCUCACAAAGUUCCCGCAACGAUAAUCCACCCGUGCAACGUAAUGCUGCCAAUGCCCGGGAGAGGGCACGUAUGCGUGUCCUUUCCAGUGCAUUUGGACGUUUGAAAACCAAAUUACCAAACAUUCCAUCCGAUACGAAACUCUCCAAAUUGGACACCUUGCGUUUGGCCACGAUGUACAUAAAACAAUUGAAGGCUGUCGUCGAAGGCAAUGCUCCGUUGAACACAAACUCGGCCAUGGGUGAGGCGGAAAUCAAUGGAGGACCAUCAUCGUUGCUGGGUGAUACACCCAACUGUUUUCUGCAAUUGCACAGUGGUGCUGCAAAUAUGAACUGGCCAUUUGGGUUGCAUCAUCAAGUCAAUCAUCACUCCUCAGCCUCAACGAAUCGGUCUCAAACCUACAAUACCUCCUAUGUAACAAAUGGCACACCAACAUGGUGUCAAACAGAAACCAAUCCUGCCAAAAAGACUCGUUUUGAUACGGAAAACUAUCAACAACAGCAGCAACAACCCAUAAAUCCACAUAACCACGAACAGCAACAAGAAAAUCCACCAUAUCUAUUGACCCUGAUUUCAUCAUCCACGCCGCCAACGCCCCCCAAUUCUCAACCAGCCGAUAACACAAUAUGGUAUUCGGAAACACCUUCACCGGAUUUAAGUAGCUCAACAACGACGACGACAUCUUCCUCAAAUGGCAUCGGUGGCUAUGACGGCCCCUCACAUCACCAUCCACAUCAAACACUUCCCCAUCAUCAUUCAAACAUUUUAUUGGAGCAUCAUUUAGCGCAUAUGCAACUAACACCGCCACAUUCCAAUGCCAAUCGUUCCUAUCCACAACAUCAUCACCAACAUCAUGCGUCCUUGGCCCAUCAGCAUCAACACUAUUCCCAACAGCAGCAUCAUCAACAGUAUUCUCAUCAUUUGCCGCCAUUGUCGGGUGAUGGUCGUCAGCACGAAUUACAAUAUAUUAAUUCAAAUAAUUUAACAGCAGCCUCAAUACGUUAAUAUUUUGUAGGGUCAAUAUGGAUGACAACAAACUGAAUAUGUUUUGUCCAUAUGAAUCUGCAGAUCACUGCAAUAGGUGUUCGUUAUUACCACCAAUGAACUACUCUCUUACUCUUUUGUAAUUAAAUUUUAUAAUAAUUUGUAAUAGUUAUAAAUCUAAUUAAGUAAUUAUUUGCAUAAUAAUAAUUAACAAAAGUAUUGAAAUAAUAAAUUAAAAUAAAUAUUUAUUUAUUAAA